GCGAUAUAUCGACGAGGAAAUGGAGGAAGAAUUGAGCGCGGAUGCCUCUGAAACUGGCGAUAUUUUCCUGAACAUGCGACACGACGACCGUGCAUAUGGCCAACCCGUUAUUGGCGAGGAGUCAGACCUGAUGAUGCUGCAAACACCUGCGGCGACAGCUAGAGUGCGCAAGGAAGCUGAGAGCAUAUUUAGCCAGUCCACUCGCUUUAGGCCUACGAGAAACCACGAGCUUCAAUUCGCCACCAUUGCCAAAGAUAUCUAUACGUAUCAAGAGCCUGCCCGAAUCACAGAGAGCCCGGAUUUGAUCCUAAAGACCGAAAACUUGGUUUGCCAGCUAUACAACGAUGGGGUUGGCGCGCACGAGGACACGGAAAGACUGGAAAACUCACUUGCCAACAUCACCUACCGACUAAUCCAACUAUGGACAGAGUACACCGAGGAGCUUCCUCCGCCAGAAGGCGAAGAUCUGGCCACCAUUGGACCGCCGGAAGGCGCCGACCCGUUUGAAAAAGCUGCCUAUGUUGCCCAUCUGAUUCUCCGUAUGCACCAUGCUCGUUUUGACACAAAAACCGAGGACGACAAGGUACCACCACUGCCAGAAAUUCUCUUUGACUGGUUACAAAGCAGCCACAACUUGUUUCCCAACCAAGUUCGAGAGAUUUCCCGGUAUAAGCCCAGCCCUGCGUGCCACAGCUUGUACUGGCAGACUCUGAGAAAUGCGCUGCUACGGGGCGACGUAACCGGAGCACAGCAGCUUCUGAGAAAUGCCGGUUGGGAGCAUGUUCGCCGAGGGCCUCUGGGCGGCCCAACGUACACUGGCAAGGCUCUUGAAAACGUACGACGAUUUGCAGAGGCUACGUGUGAGAUGCUUGACCAAUGCCCCGCAGCGCGGAACGACUGGGAGAUUCUGGAUAGUAGCUGGACUCUAUUCCGAGUCCAAGCUCGAGGCUCUCUGGAUCGACUCACUCUGUUUGCUGAAGGCAAAGAUACUAGCCUACUGGAUUCUCUCAACGACGGAGUCGACACGUCCAUGUCAGCAAUGGCCAAGAAAGCGUCGAGCCAGAUUCCCUGGGAUAUUUACGAAAAUUUACAGACUGUAUAUGACAUUGUCCUGGGACAGACUGAAGCCAUCUUGGAGACGGCACAGGAUUGGUGCGAAGCAACAGUUGCACUGUUUGGCUGGUGGGAUGAGGGUGUUCAGCGCCCCAAGAGCCUGGUGCAAUCACAGUUUGGCGUAUCGCCCGGCAGCUUUACAGACUCUGAGGACUACUUUGAUCGACUUGUAACGGUGUUCAACGUUGUUAUCCAAUCUGGCCUGAGCCCUAACACAAUGAAUCCCGUAGAGGUUGCCCUUGCAUCUGCCUUUGAAGGCAACGUUCACGCUGUCAUUGGAUGCCUGAGAACUUGGUCUCUACCAGUAGCCUGCUCAGUGGCGGAAAUCGCUUCUUUGGGCAAAUGGCUUCCGCUUCAAGAAUCUGCGAAGCCGCUGCCGGCUGAUAGUCUGGACAUUGACGAUUUAAUGCUUCUUGGAGUUGGCCAGCCUACUACUGACGAUGUCGAGGGCAUCAAAGACACAACUCUUGUUAUCUAUGCGAGAGAGCUGGCAGGAAUCGAGCACCUAUCGCCACAGCGAGAUGGCUGGGAGAUGGCCAUCCAGGUGCUUGGACGGAUGGACGUUCCGGAAAAAUCGGAGGAAACAGUUGGUGAAUUACUGAGAGACCUUUUGGCAACGUUGGAUGAAAACUCUAGCACAACGGUUGAUAAGAUGUGGAGGCUGUUGAGCGAUCUGGGCAUGAUGAAUUAUGCUGAGGAGACUGCAGAGACAUUUGCCGAGAUUUUGUCAAAAGAAUCUCACCGAUACGGCGAGGCUCUUUGGUAUUUUGCGCUAUCUCACCGUACCGACCGAGUUCGUGAAGUGCUGAACCUUCUCAUGUCUUAUUCGCUGGUGCAAUCCACAGUAUAUCCUGCCGAGAAAGACCUUGACGAAGAUCUCAAGGGCCUGCUUCGCAACAGAUCAGAAACCUUGGAAGAGAAGGCAAAGGUUGAUCUGGAAGCCGCCCAGGUGCUCGGGCGCAUGCUUAGCGGCUACGCUACGUUGCGCAAGUUCUACGAGAUUAGAGACGAGAUUGGAAAUAUCGAAGAAACUUCGCCAUCUAGGGCUCUUGCCAUGAAGAAGCAAGCCGCGUUCGCGUUGGUGGCUGUCGUCUCUAGCUCAGGCGACAACAUCCGCGGCGGGCUCUACGACGAGACGAGAGAUGCUGUGGUCAGUGAAGACUUUUUGCUGGCUCUGCUUGGCGAAACAACAGUCUUCAUCAACCAGUCGCCCUCUGUCAUCUCUCUCGAGCAGCUGGACAUUCUGCUCAAGGCGAUUGAGGAUAUUCAAGCGGUGGGCACUAGAGUGUAUUCGACGUGUGAAGAGUUUUUCAACCUGGUGCUCGCGUCAGGACAUGGUUUGAAGGGGUCUACACCUUCAGACCUGAUAAAGUCGACAAGUUCGCUAAGUGGUAGCACAUAUAUGAUGAGCGGCAGUUCACUUCUUGCUAGCCAUAUGCAAAAGUCUAUCAUGGGAGGAGGCAAAGUGAAUAGGGGAUGGGAUUGGAGGAAAGGCUGGCUUGCUAACACCAAGGGAGAAGAUGUGAUUCGCAAGCUGAGAUUAGGCUUGGCCAAAGACUUGGCGUCACUAUGGCUGGACGAUGCGGAUGGGGUUGCAAUUUACUAGAAGAGGGGAAAAAAAAAAGAAAGCAAGGGGACGAUAGACCGGGAUGGAACAAAUGGAUAUAUAGGUACUCCGUACUACAUGAUGGAAUUGGGAUUGAGGCGAUGAUACAUGAUGUUUAGCAGGGUUGAGAUACCCAUAUAAUACUCGAAAUGAGAAAGAUAUGCGGAG